AUGAAGCGACAGGCCUCCUCCAACAGCAGACCCAAGCUACCCAAGCACCGGCCCCUGAACCGGACCCAGUCAGCCCCUCUGCCCCAGAGCACCCUGGCUCAGCUGGUCAUCCAGCAGCAACACCAGCACUUCCUGGAGAAGCAGAAACAAUACCAGCAGCAGAUCCACAUCAAUAAGCUGCUGUCCAAGUCCAUCGAGCAACUCCGUCAGCCCAGCUCCCUGGUCAACCCACACCUGCAGGAGUCAGAGGAGGAGGAGGAGGAGGACAACACCCGGAGGAUGGCGGAUGAGAGGAUGGACAUGCAGGAGGACAGGAUGCCCCCUGGUGGCGUGAUCCAGAAACACACCCUUCGCUCCAGCAACAGCAGUGGCAGCAACAGCUCUCUCGGGGAGCUGUCCUCCAUCGUAGAGGCCCACCACCGCCUGGGGGUCAUAAAGGUCAAAGAGGAGCCAAUCGACAGCGAGGACGAGUCCCUGUCCAGUCAGAGCCUAGCGGCGGAGCAGAGGGCCUCACUCCACCAGGUCAAAGGUCAGCUGGUGAUAAGAGCUAUGAUCUGAGGGGGCAGAAGAUGAAGGAGAUCAAACACUGCGACAUUCAUAGACGCAUAUGUACACACAAACACACACACAGACACACACACACAUACACACACACACACACACACACACACACACACUGCAGCCAACACACACACAGAGCCGACUAGGACUCCCAAGGCAGUCCUCUCCCUGCCCUGAGAUGUGACGCUGUCUCAGUGAAGUGCAGCCGCACCCCAAACCCCUACCAGACUGACUCUCUGUUUGUGAUCUUUGUGAAGU